AGAAACAUGUCGCUGGAAACUGUUCCAAAGGACCCAAACAGAAACCUGCGAGCUUGCUUGUUCUGUUCACUUGUGAAGACUUUCGACCAGUUUGAGCUGGAUGGCUGUGACAACUGUGAGGAACAUUUACAUAUGAAGAAUAACAGAGAUGCAGUCUAUGACUGUACCAGUGCUAAUUUUGAUGGUAUGGUUGCUAUGAUGAGUGGUGAAGACAGCUGGGUUGCCAAGUGGCAGAGGAUAGGUCGGUUUGUGAAGGGCUGCUAUGCCUUGUCUGUGACAGGACGCCUCCCACCAGGAGUUGUACGGGAAUUGAAGAGGAAAGGAAUAAUUUAUAGACCGAGGGAUGUCAGCCAGAAGUUAUGAUUUUAUAUAAGUGUGGGAGGGUGAAUGAUCAUAGACAGAAUUGAUCUUGAUUGUGUGGGAUUGGAUGAUAAUGUAUGAGGAUCAGUCAGAGUGUGUGAGGAUGACUGCAAGCAUCAAUGUUUGAUUGUAAGCCAGGAGGUGGAAGAUCUGGCACUCCAUAUAACUGAAUGAUUGUGUUAGCAUGGUAUUGAAAAUAAGUGUUUGCCAAUUUUGUAAAGAAAAAUGUGCAAUAUGUCAUGGUUUAUUAAGAAAAUUAAGCUAAUUCCAUUGUGUUUCUAAAACAAUAUCUGUAAAUCGUCUUUUCAAUAUUUUAGAAUACUCUGAUACAUAGAUAACUUUUUCCUGUAUCGGCAGAUUACAGGUUCUCUAUACACGCUAAAGAUGGUUGUAGGAGCAUGAUUUGUGUAUUUCAUUUUGAAUGAUAAUCAAACACAAACAAUGAGAAACAAAUUGAUGCAAGUAUAAUGAGGAGAAAGAGAUUCAACAUAUGUAUAACAAUGAGAAAGAGAUUGACCCAUGAGUGAUGAUGAGAAAGAGAUUGACACAUGUGUGAUGAUGAGAAAGAGAUUGACACAUGAGUGAUGAUGAGAAAGAAAUUGACACAUGAGUGAUGAUGAGAAAGAAAUUGACAUAUGAGUGAUGAUGAGAAAGAGAUUGACACAUAUGAUGAUGAGAAAGAGAUUGACACAUGUAUAAUGAUGAGAAAGACAUUGAUAUCAAGAUUUCAUUCCUAUCUAAUUGGAAACUUUUUAACAAAAAAAUUGUAUGUGAUGAUAGUUGUACAUAAACAAAAGUCAAAUAAAAAAGAUCACAAUUA